GAACCCGGAGUCGGCAAUGUCCGACGAUUGACGCGCGCGGCGAGGUUGCGUUUGGUCAACUUUGAACCGGCGCAAGUUGGACAUUCCCUUCUUCGAACUCCCGCACUCGCAUUGCAGUCAAAUCGCUGGUAUAACACAUAACCCACGGGCAGACAGCACAGCACCACAGAACUCCAACCCUCCCAAGCACAGACGGUGGAGGAACAAGAAGUCAGGGAGGCCCACUAUCUCUAUUGCAAUCGUGGGAAAAGAGCGCACUGCCAUUUCAGGUGGCGCUGGACCGUCAACCACACAGCACGAUGGCAAAGAAGCGAGGGCGCCCCAACUGGGAAGGGGACGACAGCGGCGCAGACGAGUCAGAGCCAGAAACAAGCCUGGCUAGGCCGCCUAAGCGCCGCCAAACGACAUCCGCAUGGUGGGGUCGUCCGUUCUCCAGCGUUGUGUCCGCGCUUUCCAAUUUGCUGUGGACGCCGGACGCGGUGGCCCCAAACGGCGCCAGUGAAAGCGGUACGGAGGGCGUAAGAGUGUACACGCUCUCUUCAGUCACUGUGGAGCGCACUGAAAGAGGACCCGACGCAGGGGUGGUUACGGGGACUUGUUCGGACGUCGAGGAGGACGUUACGUCGGCUUCUAUAGUGAGUCGCUGCGGUACGCGCAUUAUUAUCACCCCACCAAGCGAUACGGCGUCGGUCGUCGAUCUCGACAGUGAUGAGGAGACGGUAGCUACUGUUCCAAUUUCGGAAUGUUUCGAGGAGGUAGUGGAGGAAGAGAUUCAGGAAACGCGGACGGAAACUGUGCUUGGCGAGGAGGAGAAGGCGGCUGCUGACGAGCCCAUCACAUUGGACGACCUGAUAGAGGAGGAGCCGUCUACGCGGGUUGAGAGGGAUACAGUCGGUGGUGAUCGAGUGAUUCAUAAGGAACCAGAAGUGAUCGUUAUCGACGAUGAUAGCGAUUGCGUCCCCUCGGUGGACAUCGAGCCACCAACGUCACCACACUCAACGGAAGCAGAUGAGGCGAAGAGGUUGCCGUCUGACAUACCGAGCCGCGACGACGGCUAUCACCCCUUCUUCGAGCCGCAACGGACAGGCCGGCCUGCGAAAAGAGACGACAAUUCACAACCGGACAGUUUACAACGACUGAAUGGAGAUUCGCACGUUGAAUACCCGAGUCCAGAAGAUUCACCAGAGAAGGGUGCGAAAUCCUUUUCAAACGCCGCGACUCCCAAUGCUGGCAUCCGAACACUAAGGAGAAACGAGGAAAAGGAGAACUUUAUGGGGCGUCAAUCAGUUUUCACCGUGAGAUCUCAGGAUUCCUCAUUAGCCGGAUCAACGGCGUCCUCCUUUGGACGGAGUUCCUUAUCACGGUCGAUAUUAAAACCAAAGGUAAUGCGACCGGGAUAUCCGCAGUGUGCAGCCUGUCCUCACUUCAAUUUGCCUUCUAGUCCAAGAAAGAAAGGGAGAUGAACAGGCUGAAACUGUUACGGCAUUUCAUGCCGGAUCGGUGGGGUGCCGCGCUGAAAGGUAUGCCGGAAUGCGGCGGAGUAGGGUUUACAUGCUGCCGGAGCUGACUUGUGUUCAAAGUUCGACAUCCUGGACGUGCUGGGGAUUUCAGCCUACGGCAAAGCAUCGCUGGGUCGUUACGGUAAGCGAAGCCUGACUAUAAUUCCAUGAGGUCUCCCUUUACUAAGGCA